AUGAGCGGCGCGCACUCGGACGCCGCCAUGAUUGCUGAGGUGGAGGGCGCGCUACGCCUUCUACUGGACCCUGCGACGCCCCCAGGCGACAAGCAGCAGCUGGAGGAGCAGCUCACGCGCUUCAAGGAGACGCCCGCGGCCUGCCUGCCCGUGUUGUUCCAACUUCUAUCCACCUCCCAGAACGAAUACUCGCUCUGGUUCGCCGCUACGACGCUGGAGGAGUACGUAGCCAAAAAAUGGGUCCAUUUCCCGGCCUCGGAGCAGCUACGUAUUCGCCAAUUCGUGUGGGAUCAUCUCCUGGCGUCUUCCAGCUCCUCUGGGGGCGCUCAGGUCGCCUUCGUGCGUCGGAAGAUGAGGAAAGUGGUGGCAGAUAUCGCCAAGAUCCAGUGGCGAGGUGCCGAGCAGGGCGACGCCACAUGGCCAGACUUUAUGAGCCAAAUAGAGGCUCUUAUCGUCGAGGAGAGGACGAGGGAGAGCGGUCUGGAGCUGCUCAGUGUCGUCGUGGAAGAGUUUGGACGGGACGACGCCAUGGUGAUGGCUUCAAUCAAGAAACAAGCCAAAGCCAGACUAACUGCUCAGCUACCGAGCAUAUUGGCGCUUCUGGCAAACGUUUUAAAGGGAUGUAGCCAUCGUCUCCAAGUCGGAGAAGCCCAAGUUAUUGUGGCUCAAGACCGUGUGGUCAAUGUGGCGUUAACCACAUUAAACAACUUGAUCACGUGGGCUCCAGUGGCCGAGCAAGUGAGCGACGCGUGGUGUCUGGCUGAGCUCAUGAACAAGCGAUUUGCACCUGCGAGAGUGGAUGAGAUCGUGGGCCACGUGAUGUUCGGACUGUGUCCACUACUGCAGAAGACCGUGGAGGAGCAACUGAUUGGUCGAGCGACGGAGCAGUAUCUGGACAAGCUGAGUGAGUUCGUGGAGCUGUUUCUAACGCAGCAUUUGAAGCGACUGGAGAAUCCAAAGUACGGAGACAUUCUACCGACUUUUUUGCAGUCGGUGCAUGCCUUUACGACCAAACAGCCGCAUGUGGAAGGCUUUUUGAACUGCUUGCGCGUGUGGGAGGUGUUUGUGUCGUACAUAGAAGAGAUUGAGCAGGAUGAAGGUGCUGCUAACGAGCGAGUGAGAGCGGUGUUGACUGCGUACGAGACAGGUUUGGUUGCUGUCAUGCUGCAUCUUGUCGAGCGUGUACGGUACGAGUCGAAUCGCAGCCAAUUGGACGAAUUGGACGACGGAGGCGACGCUGGAACGCAGGGCGAUCAUGAAGAUGCAGACAAUAGUGCGGCGUUCGACUUGGAGAGCACAGGCGGCGCAUAUGGUCAAGGCUCUCUUCAGGACUUGGCGCAGAUUAGAACGGACGUUGCGAGCGGGAAUGCCUCAGCUACAAUGGUCGAGCUGUCGGAAAGGAAGCAGUUUGUGGUGGACUGUAUCGCGUUGAUUCGACGUAUCGCAGCGCUGCCUUCGUGUGCGCCUCCGCUACUAAAAAUGAUGCUGCCGUGUGUGCAGAAUUCAGUGGAGACGAUGUUGUUCCACAUCCACGAGAUGCCUGUGAUCGCGCAGCAGUCGGAGCAAUGGGAGCAACAACGCUGUGUCGUCCGGGACUUGACCGUCAACUGCGCCAUCUUGUCCGGUGUAUGUGCCCAUUAUUACAGCAUCAGCGACGACAUGAAGCAGCAAAUGGCGGGCUGGCACAUCUUGCACUUGUUCAUCAACAUGUCGGAGUACAUGGUGCAGCACAGACUGCACACUCGAGGCGACGCGUUCGCCGAGUUGCAGUGCGAAGCUCUCACCAGUAUCAGGUUCUGUCUGAGCUGCAUCCCCUUCGUCAUCAAGAGUGGCGCUAGACAAGACGUGCUGAAUGCCUCGGAGAGUGUUCUUCAAGUGCUUCUCCACACGCUGGACACGAGUAUCGUGCCGUCGCCACUUGCGGUGAUGCAGAACUCGAUGCAACUUCUGGCCAACUUGGGCUUUGUAUUGUCGUACGAGGACAUGGUGCAGAUCCCGUCCAUGACGCAACUGGAAGCGCAUAUCCACCAGUUCAGUCUGCAUCUACCGCUAGCGAUCCAAGGAGACCUGUACACGUCCAUGUCCAACUCGAUCCUGAACUCGGCGAUCUCCCUACGAGGCAACAGUGGCGUCUCCAAUACCGUCCAGCCGUGGGAGAACGCGUACGGCUCCUUGUUGGUUCCUAUCCGAGAAUCUAUCGAUCAAUCUGCUGUGGCGUUGCAUCAAAACGAACAGCGUGUCUUGGAGCACGCGAUGGUGGCUCAACUGAGACGAGACUGCUACUUGGUGCGCUGUCUCGCACGCUCCGUGGAGACCAAGCCGAAAGUGGCCAAAGACGCCUUCUUCUCUGUGUUCCAGGCUUCGUUCCCGUCACUCAUGGCGCUGCUGACGACGUAUUUCACUACAAUCCGCAAAAUGGCGACGUCCAACACGCCGCAGUCCAAGAAUCAGAUCAAGAGCGCGCUCAAAGUGGUGAAUGAAAUUGUGCGUCUGUACGCGCAACUGCUCAAAUCCAUCCGCAAGGAGAUGCACAAGGAGACGGUGUCCGAGAUCAUGCGCACAUUUGUCGACAUCUUCAACGACUCGCAGCUUUCAGGCGUAUUAUACAACCAAGGAAACGCUGGCUUGAUGGUACUCUGUGGCUUCUUGCAGUUGCUGAAAAUUGUCGUUGAAGAGCCGACUUCGGUCUUCUCGUCGUUCCUACAGAACAUUCUGGACUUGUGUUUUGGUCCGCUUAAAGAGGUGAUUUUCUCUCAUCCAGAAAGCGACUCGGUCAUCUUGGGCUACUUCGUGGCUUUAGUGGAGCAAUUAUUGGAGAAACACUACCGCUUCUUUAUCGUUUACUCGGGUCAGUUCACUCCUGACGGCGCACGUGAACGAGGAUACGCGUCGGAUCAAGCACACACGUAUUUCUUGUCUAUUUUCCAGAGUUUGGCAAGUGUUCUGAGUCGUGAAGGCUCCAAUCUGGCUCCGCGUAUCUGUAAACAAGUGCUGGGGUUGCUGGACCGGGUUGACAAGGCCCAGGGACUGUUUGCCUUUACAGGGUUCCAGAGCGAAUUGCGUAUGGGAUUCCUCUCCACGUUGAUGAACAUUUUGACUCGAGGCGAGAUGAAUCUGUUGCAGGACGAAGUCAUUCAGUUGCUUCACCGAGUUGCAGCUGUGGAUUUUGCCUCUUUCUAUCAAGUGUUUCUAAAUGGCUACAUCAAGGAGAUCCUGACACAACCGCAGCUGGAGGCAGCGUCCAAGAUGGAAGGCGAAUGUCUGCAGUGGAGUGGACAAGUAGAUUUGCCUACUUUCUCACAGGAAGUGGUGGCCUUUUUGAACGAUCUGAAGGUGAUCAAGGCACAAAAUUAGCAACAAAUACCGCUGGAUGAAUAGAAUUCCAGCACCUUGCAACUUUUUCUUUUUUGGCUUGUGGAUAACUGUACCGGUAUUCGCAAAGGCACUCGUUAUUUCGCCCGACUGAGGUAAUAUAGCAUCGACUUUUAUACGUG